UUUUGAUAACUUUCCAUAACUUCUUCACAGGCUAUAUAAAGGGCUCAAUCCUUUCAUAUUCAAUAUAUUCUUCAUUUGUUAUUAACUUAAAGUUUAUUUAACUUUAUCUCAAUUUCUUAUAUUCUUAACAAUAACCAAAUCAUAAGUAUAACUAAAAUGCCGAUUGAUUUGUAUAUGAAUAUUCGGAGCACUCCCUGUCGGUCGGUGUUGAUGGCAAUCAGACAACUCAAUCUGGAGGUCAAUAUUAUUGAGACGGAUCCUAGAAAACAAGAAACUUCAACACCAGAAUUUCUCAAGUUGAACCCUCAACACACAAUUCCCACUCUAGUUGACGAUGGCUUUCCUUUGGGCGAGAGUCGAGCCAUAAUACAGUACUUAGUGUCCAAAUACGCGCCAAACAGUGGUCUCUAUCCAACUCAUGACCUCAAGAAAAGGGCACAUGUGGACCGACUUUUGUACUACGAUAUGAGCAUUGCAUACGCCAUUCGGGACGCUAUUUUUAUCAAAGUAUUUCGUGGAGAGGAACCGCAUGAGAACGCCGUCAAGAACUUCAAAAACAACUUCAAUGUCUUGAAUGACUUCAUUGGGAACAACAAAUAUGUUGCGGGAAAUGAGUUGACAAUCGCCGACAUCUCUUAUUUAGGUACCAUUUCGUCCCUCGCUAUCAAUGACUACAAAGAUUUGGAUGAAUUCCCAAAUGUGAAGAACUGGUUCUUCAGAUUACAGAAGGAAUUGCCGUAUUUUAAUGAAGUGAAUGGCAAAGUACCCGAACUCUUGAAGCAAUUGAGCGCUCCUAAGAAGUAAUUCAUUGAUUGAAAUCAAACACCAAAUUAUUGUUUAUUCAUAACCUUUUACAUUACUUAUUGGAAUAUUUUAUUUAUAUUAUUAAUUAAAAUAAUUAACACAGUUUUAUUUGAUAAUAUUACAAAUUUAUUAUUGAUAAUUAUUAACUAU